UUAACUGCAUAGAUAGUUCCUCCUCAAAAUUCUGAAACCUUUGCUUCUCUUUCUUUCUUUCUUUCUUACUUCAACCUCUUGUUUCUUCUUCAGCACCUACGUGCAUCUGCAACAAGCACAUACCUCUCGACCGAGAACCUUAAACUUUCCUAAAAAGAAUUAUUGUUUUCUUGAUAUAUCCAUCAAGGGUUUUUCUUGUUCUUGAUUAAACAUACAUAUAUAAAGAUGGUGGAAGAAGGCUGCAGUGUAGUUGUGAAUCAAGGAGGAGAUCAGGAGGUUGUGGAUUUGCCUCCGGGGUUUCGGUUUCACCCAACUGAUGAAGAGAUCAUAACUCACUACCUCAAAGAGAAGGUCUUCAACAUCCGAUUCACCGCGGCGGCGAUCGGUCAAGCCGACCUCAACAAGAACGAGCCAUGGGAUCUACCAAAGAUGGCAAAGAUGGGGGAGAAGGAGUUUUACUUUUUCUGCCAGAGGGAUCGCAAGUAUCCAACCGGGAUGAGGACGAACCGUGCGACCGUGUCCGGUUAUUGGAAGGCGACCGGGAAGGACAAGGAGAUCUUUAGAGGCAAAGGUUGUCUUGUCGGGAUGAAGAAAACACUUGUCUUCUAUACAGGAAGAGCUCCCAAAGGCGAAAAGACCAAUUGGGUUAUGCAUGAAUAUCGUCUUGACGGCAAAUAUUCGUAUCAUAACCUCCCCAAAACUGCAAGGGAUGAAUGGGUGGUGUGUAGGGUUUUUCACAAGAACGCUCCUCCUACUACUACUGUUAUCGCCCCAAACCAUAUCUCAAGGAUUGACUCUCUUGACAACAUUGAUCAUUUCUUAGACUUCUCAUCUCUCCCUCCUCUCAUAGAUCCAGGUUUCUUGAGUCAACCCAGUCCAAGCUUCUCUGGUGCCGGCCACGACCUCAAACCCGUCCUCCACCAUCCUACAACCGCUCUAGUCCCUACCCAAACCCUCAAUUUCCCUUACCAUUCUGGCAACAAUUUCAGAUCUGAUUCGGGUUACGGGGCAGGCUCGGACAAUAAUAACAAGGGUAUGAUCAAGUUGGAAAAUUCUCUUGUGAGUGGGUCUCAAGAAACCGGUUUAAGUACCGAUGUGAACACAACUGCGACGCCGGAGAUAUCUUCUUAUCCUCUGAUGAUGAACCCGGCAGCCGAUGCGGCAUUAAUGAUGGAUGGUAGCAAGUCGGCGUGUGAUGAUCUUGAUGACUUGAUCUUUUGGGACGACGACUUCUACUCUAAAUAAAUUUGGGAGAAGGUUAUUUAUUAAUUGUGAUUGAAGAGUGACAUUGAUUACUUGUGUAGUGUUUUUUUUUAUCAUGUAAUUAGUUAGUGUAUAUUUACAUAUACAUAAGAUUAUUAGGUUUUUUAGGCAUUGCACUUUAGGUUAGAUGAUUGUUUACUUAGAUGUUAGUUUGGGGGAAAAAGGGCUGUCAUUGGGGUUAUCAGUUAUGGAGUUUCUUUGUGAUUAACUUGUACAUAUAUAUUAUACAUAUUUAAAUUUGUUAGUCUCUGGAAAUUAAGAUUUUCAAGUAAAGUUAUUAUAUUCUGGAGAGGCCGUAGCAGUUGUAUCUAUGCAAAUAAUGUUUACAAUUUUAAUGUUUCA